UUCAGACUAGAAAGCCUCUCUUUCCUUCUCUUUCCCUGGACGUGGUUGUUCCUUCUGGAUCUCUCUUCUGCUGAAGGUUACGGUGAAGCUUCACAGCGGCAGGGCGACUUCAUAAGUACCAGAGACAAGCACGAACAGAGCAGAUACACAAGCCAAAGAGUCCUGAGAUCAAGUGAAAGACAAAAAAGGGAAUAUCAAACAGGCCAACAUGGCUCUGCUGUGUUACAACAGAGGCUGUGGAUGCCGAUUUGAUGCUGACAAAAACUCUGAUGAUGCCUGUCAGUAUCACCCCGGUGUGCCAAUCUUCCAUGAUGCCCUAAAGGGCUGGUCCUGCUGUAGAAAGAGGACGACAGAUUUCUCAGAGUUCCUGUCAAUCAAGGGGUGCUCCCGCGGGCGCCAUAGUAACGAGAAGCCUCCGGAGCCACUGCAGCCAGAGGUGACGUCUGAUAAGGGAGAGGCGAAACAGCACAGCGGAGAGGAAAUUAUCUACCAAGGACCCAAAUCAGCAGAAGCCCUGUAUAAGGAGAGACCCAGUUCAGAUGAGCCCAUGUUGAAGUUGCAGAUGAAGAUCUCUCCCUCUUUGGCUCAGAUUGUGGAGAAAAUGGAGAUCAUUGAGAGGGAGAAGAGAGAGAAGCUAGAGAGUCAAACUGUCAUGGUCGGGGUUAAGUGCAAAAACACAGGAUGCAAAACAGCUUACCAGGGUCCAGAGACUGACGCUGAGCUCUGCAUAUAUCACCCCGGAGUACCAGUCUUCCACGAAGGAUACAAAUACUGGAACUGCUGCUGCAUAAAGACCACUGACUUUAAUGCUUUCCUGGAUCAGAAGGGCUGCACUACAGGCAAACAUUGCUGGAUACACAAACAGGACAAAAAGAAGGUGACAUGUCGACAUGACUGGCACCAGACAGGAAACCAGGUCGUGGUCACAAUCUACGCCAAGAACUCCAGCCCAGAGCAUUCCUAUGUGGAGGCAAACCGCACACUGUUAACCUGCCACAUUCAGUUUGAGGGUGAUAAAGUGUUUCACAAGGACAUCCAUUUAUGGGGGGUGAUCGAUGUGAACAACAGCUUUGUGAACAUGGUGCCCUCUAAAGUUGAGGUGACCAUGCGGAAGGCUGACGCCGUAGCCUGGGGCAAACUAGAAGACCCCCAUCACAAACCCGAGCCAGAGGUCACCAAUGAGACAAACAACACAGAAAAGGAGUACGUCAAACCUGACUGGGACAUCUCAGAUGAUGACAUCAGCGAGUCGGACUGGGAAGACGAGGAAGAGGAGAAGAAAGAGAGUGAGAAAAAGACAGAGAAGAAAGAAGAAAACCCAGAAGAUGAUGGUCCUCCUGAACUAGAAGAGCUUGCUGAUGUACCCACAGAAAAGUAGUUUAUUGUCCAGAUAGUGAUGGAAGUGUAAUUUAUGUAUUGUUUACAAAUAUACAUGGUAGUCAUACCUAGCUCUGCUACUUUAGUGUAACUAGCAUUUUUUAAACCCUCCUACCUUUUUUCUUCUGCUGAAUUGAGUCACUGUGAAUCCAAAUGUUAUAAACUUCUUAAAAUGUUGUCCUCCAGUUUUACACAUGACUCCAUAAAGGAUGCCAAGUAUUUAGAGACCUUUCAUCCUCAGUGAUUCCAUUCAGUGCAAGAUGCCGUUUCAGAAAUGACAGCAUUAAUGGGAUAGUUCACCCAAAGAUGAACAUUCUCUCAUUAUUUACUCGCCUUUAUGAUAUCCCAGGUGUGUAUGACUUUCACCAGAGGUGGAGAUUUCUCUUUUGAAGCUUCAAAAAUCACAGAAAGUCAGUAUAAACGUCAUCCAUACAAUACCAGCGGUUAAAUGAAUGUCUUCUAAAGUGAAUCGCUUUUGGUGUGAAAAAGAUCAAUAUUUAAGUACUUUUUAACUAUUAUCCAACACAUAACGAGAGGAUGGAGGACAAGCAGCAUCUCGUGUGACGAAUCCGUGUUUCCAUGAAUACAGAGGUAAUCUCACAUUCUCCUCUCGGCAUUUUGAGUAAAGAAACCAAUGCGAUUACGUAAUGCGGAUUCCACUGUUGAAUGGAAGCCCGAUUUAUUAAAUGUUUAUCUUUUUUGUACUUUUCUGACUGUCUGUGAUAUUUGGAGCUUCAAAAGAGAAAUUUCCAUUCAUUUGCAUUUUAAGGACCUUCUGAGCGGAGAUAUUUUCUAUUUCUCUUCAAAUAUGAUCUGAUAAAGAAAGAAAGUCUUAUGGAUAUCAUGAGGGUGAGUAAAUGAUGAGAGAAUUUUCAUUUUUGGGUGAACUAUCCCUUUAACCCUCCUAUUGGCUUUGGAUAUUUACCUUUUGACCUUAAAUGCACAAAAUAUAAUAAUUAUAAUACAACAUAUAUUAAAGUCGUUUUAUUGAUUUUUACCUGUUUACAAAAUAUUUCGAUGUUGUUUGAGUGUGAAGGUACAUGCGUAUGUGAACUUACACUUUUAUUUGUACAGGAGCGGAGUCAUUUGAGCAGUUAAAUCAACAGGAAAAUAAGACUGUAUGCUUAAAACAUGCUGAGAGCUCUAACAAUCAGUGCUAUUGUGUUUACAUCAUGGAACAUAAUAAACUGAAACAGUUCAAACAGCAAUGGCCACACUUUAUUUUUCUCAAGUCAACAGCAACAAUCCUGAAGUAGAGGUGUUUGCAGUCACAUACAGAGUCCAGGGCCAUGGAAGCCUGACUGCAAACCAUAUGGCAAAAAUAUUUUAAAUAAUUAAAAAGGAUAAAUAAUACAUUUCAAAAGUAAACAGCAGUCUUGACAAUGGAAAGGAUUGGGUACCAGCGAAACGUUUUUUUUUUUUUUUUUUUCAGUUCAAAGUAACAUUGAAAAAGACAUUUCUGUUCAUAAAAGCAUUGCCUUCUGCUUAUACCUGAUUAACACAGUUCAUAUCUUGAUCCGUGGUGAUGAUAAUGUCAAUCAAAACUGAAUAGCACACAGCAACAAUUCAUCCCUGAUGAGGAACUUUCAACACAUGCAAAAAAAUAAAUAAAAAUACAUUCCAGUUUUUAGGGAGUCUGUCGGCACCUAGACUGUUAUCAAACUCUCGUAUCAAGACCACUUUUGAAUUUCUCUCUUUUUUUUUUUACAGAGCAAUACUGUUAGACUUUUGUUCACAACUAUGAAGAAAACAAGAUGUCCAGUACUGAAAACAAGUAUAUGUCCAGUAUCUUAUUUUGUGCACUCAUGUUACACCGUACCAUUAGAGUCUCCUGAUAAAACCAUAUAUUAUGCAAUAUUAAGACAAAAGUUCAAGUUUUCCUUUACCUCAGUAAGAUUGAACCCUGAAAAAGGGCCACAUUUGAAUAACAUUCAUAAAGUUUGAUUAUAUACUAUGUCAUAUGUAACAGCUCAUCAUUGGUUUUCCAUUAAUGGGGUACUAUUUUUCACAUGAUAAAACAAAACACACAACCUUUAAGUUUGAUUUGUCUUCUAUAUUAAAGUGCAAGGCAAGAUAAAAUACAUCUUGAAAUGUACAACAUACAGCAUCAUUUUCUUUCACAAGAUUUCCCUGCAGAAAAAAGGAAAGUCAAAGAAACUGCUCACUUUAAACCACAGCGCUCCAUUUACUAACUUGGCACGAGAUUUACGGCACUGAAGCUUCUAGAACUACAUCUCAAUUGACACACUAGUGAUACAAUAUCACAACUUGGCUGAUGAUCCGAGAGAAAAAGAGAAAAUAGACCUUUUUUUCUGCAUAUGGGCAUGAAAGGCAUGCAGAAACCUAGAGGGUCUUCUGAUAGAGAGAUACAGAGACUAAAUGCAGAUUUCUAACUAUUCAGCCAUUUUGACGAAUAACACAAGUCCUCCAUACAUUCAUUCUUCAAGAUAUUCCUUUUUUGCACAUUUGUUUCAUAGUUUUCAUUACAAUAAAGAUUUAGUUUGUUACUUGUUGUUCAGAUGGCGGGGCAUAAGAGAAGUCUUUCCGAGUUUGGGUCUGACGGCUUGAAUACUAAGAAAGAGAAAAAGGUAGCAAGAUAAUAAAAUAAGAUAAAAAAAGAGAACGGUUUAUCUCAUGCAUUGUUGAAAAUACAAAAUGUGUAGAAGGAUUCUGGGAGUUUCGGUCCACUCUUGCUCUUUGCUGACCGGUGUUUCCCAUGACAUCAUUAAACCAUCGGCAGGCAGAGAACAUAACCACAGAGAACAUAACCACAACAGAAAUGCCCCUCCAAAAAAAAAGUUCACAAACACUGGGGGGAGGGGGAAGGUCUCAUGUCCUCCCUCGCUGGGCAUUAGGC